UUGUCCACACCAAAAAAAAAAAAAAAAAAAAAAACUAUGGAGUCUCCGCCGUCAACUUCUCCGGCGACUCCCCUCCGCCGUAGAAUCUCCAUCGCAACGCCAACGUCCGUGAUCACCUCCGAUAUCCCUUUCGCAAUCGAAUCUCCAUCGUCGUUCGAUUUCGACCUCAUCUCCAUAAAACCACCUUCCUCCGUAGCCUACACAUCUCUCAGAGACAUCAUCUCGUCUCCGAGCAACUCCUCCGUCAAGCUACCGUCUAUCAACGGCAGCAGCUCUCCAGUCUUAUCCACCGUCGGAGAUAUAUCGAUCCGCGACCCGCUCGUUAAGCAGGCCGCGUGGUCUUAUCUACAGGCGACGGCGCAGACUUCGUCGGAGGACUCGGCUGGGUGUCAGUUCCUCCGCCGCGUGUGGAUUCAUUUCUCCGCCGGAGUGCAGUUCUUGAGACGUGUGUUCGAGUGGGUUCUGCAUUCGAUCUGUGCUCCUCAGAUUGUUAAGUAGAGUUGAUGAACACAAUUGUUUUUGUAUACAAUAAAAUCAAAAGAUAUUGAUUUCGAUUUCUAAAA